UAACAGUGCUUGGUCCUGGAGGUGUUAUCAUACCACAAGUGAAUCGACUGAAACAUUUGGUGCCGGGCAGCACUGUCGUGGUGAUGUGCUUAACCUGGAACAUCGCAUCAAAAGCUCAAAACCAUUUGUCAAGAAUCAGAAAAUUAAUAGCAAGUGAGCGUGCUGAAAACAGAGCUGACCUCAUUUGCAUAUGCUUUCAAGAGCUUCCACCAACAAAUGCCCACUAUCACCAGGAAAUGGUCAAAUUAUUAACCAAGGCGGUCGGUGAUACACAUCUGAUAUACUGCUGGGUGAGGAAGUGGGCGCAGAUGAUGAUUCUGUUUAUCCGAGAACCUUUGGUCGCAUAUGCUUCAACUCCGGAAUGGCAGUUUGUCUCCAGCACCGCAAUCGUGAAACCCGUUCGAACAAAAGGAGCUAUUGCCGUUUACUUCAGGCUGUUUCAGGCGUCCAUCAUUUUUGUUGCUUGUCAUAUGACUCGUUAG